CAUCUACACAACUUCCUGCCUUCAGCACUAGGGUUGAGCCACCAUGACACUAACUGCUCCCCUUUCCUGCCUCCUGGCCCUGAUGGUGAUAGGACUAGCCCAUGGCAUCAGAGAUUCCCUUGGGCCCCAGGACCUAGAUCCCAGGCCACUGGAACUGAAAGAGGUCUUCAAGUUGUUCCAGGUCCAGUUCAACCGGAGUUACUCAAACCCAGCAGAGCACUCUCGCCGACUAGACAUCUUUGCCCACAACUUAGCCAAGGCUCAGCAGCUGCAGGAAGAGGACUUGGGCACAGCUGAAUUUGGGAUGACUUCACUCAGUGACCUCACAGAGGAGGAGUUUGGCAAGAUCUUUGGGCAUCAGAAGGCAGUUGGAGAGGUGCCCAGAAUGGGCAGAAAGGUAGGAUCUGAACAGCAGGGGGAGACAUUGCCCCGCACCUGUGACUGGCGGAACAAGGCUGGCAUCAUCUCACGCAUCAAGAACCAGGAAAACUGCAAGUGCUGCUGGGCCAUGGCAGCAGCUGACAACAUCGAGGCCCUGUGGGGCAUCAAAUAUCAUCAGUCUGUGGAAGUCUCUGUGCAGGAACUGCUUGAUUGUAACCGCUGUGGGGAUGGCUGCCAGGGUGGCUUCGUUUGGGAUGCAUUCAUAACUGUCCUCAACAACAGCGGUCUGGCCAGUGAAAAGGACUACCCGUUCAAGGCCAGUGUCAAAACCCACAGGUGCCUGGCCAACAAGUACAGGAAGGUGGCCUGGAUCCAGGAUUUCAUCAUGCUGGAAGACAAUGAGCACAAAAUUGCCCAGUACCUGGCCACCCAUGGCCCCAUUACUGUGACCAUCAACAUGAAGCUACUGCAGCAUUACAAGAAAGGUGUGAUCAAGGCGAAGCCUACUACCUGUGACCCCCAGCUUGUGAAUCAUUCUGUCCUGCUGGUGGGUUUUGGGGCAGAGACAGUCUCAUCCCAGUCUCACCUGCGCCCUCAUCGCUCCACCCCGUACUGGAUCCUAAAGAACUCCUGGGGGGCCCACUGGGGAGAGGAGGGCUAUUUCCGCCUGCACCGAGGGAGCAACUCUUGUGGCAUCACCAAGUACCCAUUCACUGCUCGUGUGGACCAACCAGUUAGAAAGCUCCCAGUCUCCUGUCCUCCCUAAACCCAUCCAGCCUCCCCUCAGCUCUCUCCUGCUGCCUCUUCACCAGCCUCACCACAAGAUUUCUGCUCAUCCCACCAAUCUUCUCAAUAUGGCUUGAAUAAACGAAGGCAAGAUC